AUGAGAGUCCCUACUGCAUAUGCGACGAGGCUACUCGCCGUUCUCCUCUUCUUCUCCCUCAUUAGCAUCGUGAGAGCGCAGAACCUCCGUUUUCCACAGCCCACUCCAAGAGCACGGCUACCGCAACGCAAUGUCCAUCACAAUGGAACAGAGUUCGAUAAACGGGCUGAUAUUCAGACAGGAAUGUCUAAUUGCGGCUUUCUAAAUGGCGACCCCAAGAAGAUGCGCACUGCCAACCCAGGAUUCGAUUGUCGAGUUGACACCAUGAACGGCCUCUGGGGCUUCUGUCCAGUCACUGUGAUAUCAGCUACCGACUGCGGCUUCGCUGGAAGCUGUGUCGACCAAGGAUCGUGCUCGAGUGGAUGCGGGAAUACCGAUCAAACACAGCAGACUACAUUUACUUGUGGACCGAAACAAUUCUGCUCUACCGUCCUCUUGACAUUUGGAGUUGACCAAUCAUACUCUUAUAUUGCCUGUGGCCGGAACCCCACGACGGAGCACUAUCUCAUUUCUCCCACCUCUGAUUUGAGUUCAACCACCAUGCAGUCAUCUUUAACAACGACGACGAGCACGAAACUAUCGUCCACGACUGGGGUUUCAUCAUCAUUCAAAUCAACAGAUGCAUCUCCCGGCAGUACAUCCGGGUCAACAACGCCCUCAACAACCGAGGCGUCUGCAAAGGAAACCGCUAGUGGCGGUGGUGGCUCCAACACUGGUGCUUCUUCCACGAACAAUACGGGAGCAAUCAUCGGUGGUGUCAUUGGCGGAAUCGCUCUGCUGUGUUUCUCCAGCAUUGCUGCCAUCUUCCUUUUGCGAAGGAAUCGACCACGUCGCCGCCAGACGCUAAUGAAGGGCGCACAAAGAAAUACUCAUCAGUCUUGGUAUGAUCUGAGUCCCAAAACCAAGCAUCGUUUCACGGGCGGCUGGGGACCUAGAGAAUUACCAGGCACGACAUACGAAAGAACUAAUGAGCAUCCGAUAGAACUACCCAGCUAA